AUGGAUAUGAAGAACAGCUCAAUGAUAUCUGAGUUUGUUUUGUUAGGAAUCAGCAGCAGUUGGGCACUUGAAAUUUUCUUCUUUUUCAUGUUUUUGUUGGCCUAUGCAGCAAUCAUGGCAGGAAAUCUUCUCAUUGUGAUCACUGUAACUUUUGACUCUCACCUUCAUUCCACACCAAUGUAUUUCCUCCUUGGAAAUCUCUCCUUUCUUGAUAUGUCUCUUUCCACCAUCACAACCCCUCAGAUGAUCAUCGAUUUCCUGAGGGAAAACAAAACUAUUACCUUGUGGGGCUGUAUGGCUCAGAUGUUCUUCCUCCACUUCUUAGGGGGCAGUGAGAUGACUCUGCUCCUAGUCAUGGCUGUGGAUCGCUAUGUUGCAAUAUGCAAACCUCUGCAUUACACAGCCAUCAUGAACCGCAGGGUGCUCCUCUGCUCUGUGCUGCUGUCAUGGGCGGUUGGCUUUGUGCACACCAUGAGCCAGAUGGUUUUCAUGGUCACUUUGCCCUUCUGUGGCCCCAAUGUGGUGGACAACAUAUUUUGUGACCUUCCCCUAGUGCUCAAGCUUGCCUGCACUGAGACCUACGUGCUGGAGUUGCUGGUAAUCGCUGACAGUGGACUUCUGUCUUUCAUCUGCUUCGUGCUCUUGCUCAUUUCCUACACUGUCAUUCUGGUGACUGUGCGACGUCAGUCCUCAGGUGGACUCUCCAAGGCGCUGUCCACACUGUCUGCUCAUAUCACAGUGGUCACUCUGUUCUUCGGCCCAUGCAUCUUCAUUUAUGCCUGGCCAUUUAGUAGCUUUUCAGUGGAUAAAUUUCUUUCUGUGUUUUAUUCUGUUAUCACUCCCUUGCUGAACCCUAUUAUUUACACUCUGAGGAAUCAGGAGAUGAAAUCAGCCAUGAAACGACUGAGGAUUCAGCACAUCAGCUCCAGAUAG